AUGGUUCUGUCUGAUCUCGGCAGGCGCAUCAAUAGCGCUUUCCAGGACCUUUCCAAAGUACCCACCGUCGACGCCGCCUCCAUCGACCAGCUCCUCAAGUCCGUGUGCAAUGCGCUCAUCGAAGCCGACGUCAACGUCAAGCUCGUCGCCAACCUCCGCUCCCAGGUCAAGAGCCAGGUGACCGCCCUGCUCAACGACAAGGCAAAUGCAAAUUGGUCCGACGCCCAGCGCCGCCAGCGCGUGCAGAAGGCCGUCUUCGACCACCUCGUCGCCCUCGUCGACCCGCUCCACGGCCAAUCCACCACCGACGACGAGUCCGGCGCCGUCGUCCCUUCCGCCAACGCAGGUCCCGGCGACAUCUUCAAACCCAAAAAGGGCAAGCCCAACGUCAUCAUGUUUGUUGGUCUGCAGGGCUCGGGUAAGACCACGUCGUGCACAAAGCUCGCGCUCUACUACCAGAAGCGCGGCUUCAAGACCGGUCUCGUCUGUGCCGACACCUUCCGUGCCGGUGCCUUCGACCAGCUCAAGCAGAAUGCGAGCAAGAUCAACGUCCCCUUCUACGGCAGCUACACCGAGACCGACCCCGUCGCCAUCUCCGCUGCCGGUGCCGCCAGCUUCAAGCAGAACCGCUUCGAAGUCAUCAUCGUCGACACCUCCGGUCGUCACAAGCAAGAGCAGGAGCUCUUUGACGAGAUGCGAGAGAUCGACGCCGCAGUCACCCCCGACCUCACCAUCAUGGUGCUCGACGCCAACAUCGGUCAAGCCGCCGAGGCUCAGUCGCGUGCCUUCAAGGACGCCGCAGGCUACGGUGCCAUCAUCGUCACCAAGCUCGACGGCCACGCAAAGGGCGGUGGCGCCAUCUCGGCCGUAGCCGCCACCAAGACGCCCAUCAUGUUCAUCGGCACCGGCGAGCACGCCGCCGACCUCGAACCCUUCCGCGCACAGCCCUUCAUCUCCAAGCUGCUCGGCAUGGGCGACAUCACCGGUCUCAUGGACAAGAUGGAGGAGAUGCAGAUGAACGGAGGCCAGGAGCGCCAGCGCGAGAUGCUCAAGAAGAUCGAAGAGGGCGGCAUCUUCAGCAUACGCGACUGGAGGGAGCAACUCUCCAACAUCAUGGGCAUGGGCCCGCUCUCCAAGAUCGCAGGCAUGAUCCCAGGCAUGGGCCAGAUGCUCAGCGGCGCCGGCGGCGACGACGAGGCCGCAGGCGGCAAGAUGAAGCGCAUGAUGUUCAUCACAGACGCAAUGACCGCCGAAGAACUCGACAGCGACGGUCGCCUCUUCUACGCACCCAUCCGCUCCAAGAAGCCGCCCGUCUCCGCCGACACAAAGGAAGUCGCCAUCGCCGAGAGCUCCACAGCAGCCGCAAAAAGCAAAAAGAAGAAGAAGCCGCAGCAAAAAGUUCGCAUGACCGCUCGUGCCCGCCGUGUCGCCCGCGGCUCGGGCACCUCGGUCAAAGAGGUCGAAGAAUUCCUCAUGCAGUAUCGUCUAGUUUCGUCCAUGGUCAAGAAGAUGGGAGGCAAGCAGGGAUGGCUCAAGCAGAUGCAGGGGCUCGGUGGUGGUGGCAAGGGCAAGAUGCCGGCGCCGGGUCAAUUGCCGCCGGGCAUGUCUCGCGAGCAGGUCAUGCAGAUGCAGAACGCGCUGCCUCCGGAGAUCAAGGCGCAGCUGCGUCAACCGGGCGGACGCGAGAAAUUGCUCCAGCAAAUCCAGUCCGGCAACAUCCCCGAAGGUCUAGCCGGUCUAGGAGGCAUGGGAGGCUUGGGAGGCAUGGGCGGCAUGGGUGGAAUGCCAGGCUUAGGAGGCCUAGCCAACAUGAUGGGUGGAGGCGGAAUGCCGGACAUGGCCCAGAUGCAAAAGAUGAUGCAAUCCAUGGGCGGCGGCGGCAUGAUGAACAUGAUGAAGGGUCUCAUGGGUGGCGCAACCCCUCCUCCUCAACACUAA